ACUCCUUCAAAGAAGGCAGGCAGGCCAACGGCCCUUGGAGCCAUCGCAUCUGUCGCCCUCGCAUCAUAGAAUGUGCCCAGAAGGAAGGAAAUGUACAGAAGCUUGUAUUAGGUAUCCCGAAUCACGUCUAAUCCUGGAACGCCUCAGUAACCGCGAACAUCCGACAUGUUCAUCCUCACCAAGAUCGCGGAUCUUGUCCAGAUCAAGCCAGCACAGUUUGCGAAGCUGAGCAUCGAUGCCAUAGAGGACAACCUGAACGAAAAGUACUGCAAUAAGGUCAUUCAAAAGCUAGGCCUAUGCAUAUGCGUGUAUGACCUAUUGUGGGCCUCUGAAGGCCUCAUUGGACACGGGACAGGUGUUGUGAACGUCAAUGUUGAGUGUCGCCUCGUCGUCUUCCGACCAUUCAAAGGCGAAGUGCUGUUCGCGCGAAUCAGCCGAUGCGUGAAGGAUGGAAUUCACUUGCGCACCGACUUCUUUGAUGAUAUCUUCAUUCCAUUUGACGAGCUACCUGAAGGGGCCACCUUCAACCACGAACAGUCGCUCUGGGUCUGGCACGUAGAUGGAGAGGACAUGUACUAUGACAUCCACGAGGUUGUCCGCUUUCGGGUAAGCGCAGAAGAAUGGCAUGACCAGACACCGACGAAACCAAUCGAGGGAAAUGAGCCGCAUGAGAAGAAACCGCCAUACCGAAUCACCGGCACAAUGAAGGAGGAAGGCUUAGGGGUUUGUCUAUGGUGGGGGGAUGACGGCGACGCCGAGGCUGCCGAAGAGCCGGUUGACAACGGUGAGAUUUGAGAUACCUUACAGGGGUGCUGCAAGCUACAAUUCCAUACCCGCCUCGGAGCUCACUCCCUCGACUUGUUCUGGACCGUUGAGAUUUGAGACCGAAGAACCGCCAGCAGCAUCAGGACCGCCGAACCUGUUUGAGUAGUCUGUGCUCCACCUCGUCAAGAACCGAGUAGUGCUCGAUGACGGCGAGGUUUUCAACCUCUGCCAAGAAUUGUUUGUCAGGGUCAACACCUGGCCCGAACAUCUGGGGGGCUUGUGGUCCCAUCUGACCCAUCUGCUGAGCCAUUUGAUUCGCAGCUAGACAGAAUGUAUGUCAGCCGUUGUGUGAGGUGUGGGGUAGCAAUCCUUCUACAGCUUAGGGCAAGGAGAUACAUAAUCACCAUUUGGAUGACGGGUGGUGACUUACCAUUAUCACUGCCAAGCAGGAAGUUGAAAACAGACUGCAAGCCGAAUAUGCACAGAAAAUACCAGCUAAUGCUCGACAUCCAUCUCGGAUCCAUGUCUCGGGUAGCGACGCCAGCCUGGAGCAUGCUCUUGAACUUGACGGUGAGGGGGAAAGGGAGCUUCACUGCAACG